CAGUGACCGAACUGACAUAAUAACAUAGUGACGAGGUGGCAAAUCAGGGAAUACGUUCGCUUUUCUAACUGCACUUUCUUUCUAUACUCGAAACAAAACAGAAAUAUAUUUGAAACUCGGUGAAAUCAACAGGGAGGGACAAGAACGAGUUACAGAAAUUGCAUUUAAAAGAAACCAAGCCAGAAUGAGUGACACGCGCACGCAGGAAACCGCGAGCGAUCUGAAGUCGCCAAGGACCGUAUCGAAAUAGUUGCGAGGUCUCGCCGGAGGACGGCGUCAUAGGUACGUUGGUUCAUGGUCGUCAGGUAGUCUCGAAAUCGUGCGAAACUAUUGGUACAAGGAAUGGUCAUGCGACAAAUGACGACGAAAAUGUGUAUUGAAAUUUGAUGAGAGAGUGACGACGGACGGAUAUGCACAGGAGCGGCGACGCUCCCAUAUGAGAUACUAUCAUAGAUGAGAUAUCUGCCCGACGUGAAACACGUCGCGAGUGCACAGCUCCGACCGCAUCACGCAGAAAGAGAGGAUGUACUGCCUACAGUGGUUGAUCCCUGUGCUACUGAUACCGAAACCCGUAAACCCGGCGCUGUUGCAGACCCACGUCAUGUUUAUGGCGCUCUACCUGAUCGGCUUCUUCCUGGAGCGCAAACCUUGUACCGUCUGCAGCCUGGUGUUCCUCACUGCUGUCUUCCUCAUCUGCUACAGCGGCAGCGGCAACUGCCUACUGUGGAGCACAAAUUGCGAUACAGUAAGAUGCGAUAAUGGCUAAAGUCGCGUUAUAUCCGCCCUAGAUUCAAGAAUUAUCCUUUGUUGAUUUCUUUUCGUUGUCUUUUACUUUCCGGCCUUGUUCCGGCAAAACGCUUGGAGACAGUUCUUUAAUUCGCGGUAGUGCGCACUCUGUUUGAGUGCAACCGCUUAGAUGGCAUAGAUUGCAUAGAUAGAUAUUGUCUAGGUUUGCAACAGGUUACUGAGAAUUCUGGGGAUGAUCUGUCUGCGAGAAUUGUUAAUGUUAUGUUAGACAGUUACAUAUCGACUGUAUAUAGACUCUGAGUUAUAGAACUUUAAAUAACAAGAAUUUAUAUAAUGAUAUACAUUUUUUUUUGACAAUAUUCGUAUAUAGAUCUUAGAUUCCUAUUGCAUUCAUUAGCAGUAGUAAGAUUUCUAGGAUCCAAUCUAAUUCGAGUUCUACUUGAUAUAUAAAAUGGAUCGUAUAAAAAAUUACAGCUGA